CGAGACGCUCGCCAUGGCUGGCCCGCAGCAGCAGCCCCCUUACCUGCACCUGGCCGAGCUGACGGCGUCCCAGUUCCUGGAGAUCUGGAAGCACUUUGACGCAGACGGAAAUGGAUAUAUUGAAGGUAAAGAGCUAGAAAACUUUUUUCAAGAGCUGGAGAAGGCAAGAAAAGGCUCUGGCAUGAUGUCGAAGAGUGACAACUUUGGGGAGAAGAUGAAGGAGUUCAUGCAGAAGUAUGAUAAGAACUCAGAUGGGAAAAUCGAGAUGGCAGAGCUGGCGCAGAUCCUGCCAACAGAAGAGAACUUCCUUCUGUGCUUCAGGCAGCACGUGGGCUCCAGUGCUGAGUUCAUGGAGGCUUGGCGGAAGUAUGACACAGACAGAAGUGGCUACAUCGAAGCCAACGAGCUCAAGGGAUUCCUCUCAGACCUGCUGAAGAAGGCGAACCGGCCAUAUGAUGAAGCCAAGCUCCAGGAGUACACCCAAACCAUACUACGGAUGUUUGACUUGAAUGGGGAUGGCAAGUUGGGCCUCUCAGAGAUGUCCCGACUCUUGCCUGUACAGGAAAACUUCCUGCUUAAGUUUCAGGGCAUGAAGCUGACCUCAGAGGAGUUCAACGCCAUCUUCACGUUUUACGACAAGGACGGAAGCGGCUACAUUGAUGAGAAUGAGCUGGAUGCCCUUUUGAAGGAUCUGUAUGAGAAAAACAAGAAGGAAAUGAAUAUCCAACAGCUCACCAGCUACAGAAAGAGCGUCAUGUCCUUGGCCGAGGCGGGGAAGCUGUACCGCAAGGACCUGGAGAUUGUGCUCUGCAGCGAGCCCCCCAUGUAAAGGGGGGGACAGAGGCUGCUUCUCCAUCUCCUCCAAACCUUAUCCCUGCUGCCCUGACACUUCUACCCACACCCAGAGAUCCUGAGAGCCCCUCCCUCUGCCCCUGCAACCUGCGCACACCUGCCUGCACAGCAGGAAAGGAGAGAUGGAGGAUGGGCUGCUGGCGGGCCUCUGAGCCCCUCUGCAACCCAGUCCUGCCCAGGAGCACUGCUCUGCCUGCAGUGGGUCACCGCCUGCACGGAAGGUGAUGGGGCAUGGUGGGGGCUCCCUAACUGUCUUUGCUGUGAUGCAUGAGCUCAUUUGCUGUAUGAUUUAGGCUUCUGUCUCCAAAACAGUGGAUUCUUCCCUCUUGCUCCCCUCUGCCUUUCCUCCACGCCACCACCCACCCCAGACUCCCAACUUCCAUCUGCCACCCUGCUGAUGGUGUAGCUGUCUCUCAGAGUUCCCGCUUGGGGAGGGCACCCCCCUUUCCCUGCCUUUACUUGUGUCCCUUUCUCUUUGGGUUUCUUGUCCUCUUGUUUACCAAAGAAGAGUUUACAGACAAUAAAAUGGAAACGUUGUGCUGUGGAAGCUCACCCA